CAAAGUUCCAUUAGCUGGAGUGGGGGUCUUCACCUGUGCACCAUGGUGUCUCUGAAAACAAAGUUCAACUCAAACCCAUCUAACAGAAUCUUACAGCUUGCUCAACAUAAAGAAUCUAAAUCGAUGUGGGUCACAACACCUGGGAGGAAGCUGACAUGGGGCAACCAGGAGCCCAUAUGGCCAGUGACCUUAGCAGCCUUAGAAGCCGUUCCAACACCAAGGCUUCAGGCUCUUGCACAACACAAGAAAGACUUCUUUGCUUUCCACCAAGAACAGCUAUGUAGGGAGGAGGAGGAAGACAGGAGGGUGAGGAAGAGCCAUCCUUUGUCUUGUGUAGCACAGUAUGAACAUGUCGUCCGCCUGGCCACCCCAAGGUCCCGGUCCAGGAGCUUCCAGGAAGUGAGCCCUCCUCACUCAGAGUGGUGUGAAUACAGUUGUCCUGUAUGGCACAUUAGCUUCAGUGCACUGAAUGCGGUCAUCUCUCCACGUCUUCUCCAGCUUGCCCAACCCAAAUCCACCCAUCCCAACUUCAGAAGCAACCGCCAGACAAUAGAAACGAAUGUCACAUAUGCGGCUAAAAAGGCUCAGCCAAGCCCCAGACUGGAGCAGCUGUGUCUGCCCAAACUAAGAGAGAGCAGCCUGUUCUAUCAGCAUGGGCCACCUGAGAGCCCCAUCCGGCCUGUGAGUGCACACAUGUGCAUGUAUCAAAGGAAGCAAGGAAGGCCACUGCUAGUGCUCGUGUGAGAGCACUAUCCAUGCCAAAGCUCCUUGCUAAAGACUACAUCCCUCCCCGAGACCAAGGCUGCCUCUGAGACAGAGAGAGAGGGGCUAUAUGCACAUACAUACAGCAUUGCUAGAGUGGUCACAGAACAGAGACCGAGGGGAAAAAAAGUGGUGGAUAUAAUAAAUGACUGCAGUAAGAAGUACAGACAAAGAAUAUUCUGAGUUCUUUUAUUUACCCUGUUCUGUCCAAUAGGUUUUCAUGCUCUUUCUCUCACUUUCUUUUUCUUCUCUUUUUCAAUCAUUUGUCUGUUUGAAGUGGAAGCAUUGCAUUAUUUUAAGAAGCCAGCUCCCUGGCAGUGUGUACGCUUUAACUCCUCAGCUCCCUGACAGUGUUUGCGC